AUGACGACCGCGGCGGCCGAGCUCGCCUCCCCCUUGGGUUCGGAGGAGAAGGACCAGCUGGCUCCCCUGGCUGCUAUUGGGCCGUCGCGGGCCCGUGGCAACACCGACGUGAGCUCGCGGGCGCGCAGCAACACGGACUACAGUGGAUCCUCAACCAGGACUCCCCCUGACGGGGGAUCCCGAGCUGGGAAAGUCGCGGUUCCAGAGGCGGAGCAUGUCCGACAUGCCCGAGCGUCGGCGGCAGGCGCCCGUGCGGGAUCGGAUGGGCUCCGUGCUCGAGAACAUCAAGCAGUGGGGUAA